AUGGAGGAUCAACCUGUCUGGCCAGGGCCUCAGAAGCGUCGCCGCGUUGAGCGGGGACCUCGAUCGAGAAAUGGGUGCCGUACUUGCAUAAUCAAGAAGGUUAAGUGCGAUGAGCAGCGUCCGGCGUGUGAACGUUGUAUCCGUCUUAUGCUAUCUUGCGAAUGGACCCUGUCGAAGCCUUCUCUGGCUUCGAGAAGACUCGGCGUGGGACCUAUCAAACGCCGUGGACACUGGAAGCCCCAAGAAAUCUUACCGAAAGAGCUUGAAAAUGGAGAGCAACAGAUAGAUGAGAUACGAGCUCACCAUCGGCACACGCCGUCCCAUUUCAUAGAUUCACCUCCGCGUGAGGAGUUGAGCAACCAUGACGCCGUCGCCCUUGUCACUGCGUCCAAUGACCCUUCAUCAACUGAUGAUGAAGUAAACCUGCCAUUAUUUUCCAUUGACCUCUGGAGGUCGGAUCAGUUCCUUGACGACUCAACGCUGCACAUCGAUCCCAGCCUCCUUGUCACGAACUCUGAUCUCACCCUAUUUCCGGUCCUGACAACAGACAUUCUCUUCUCUACGACAUCUUUGUCUUUCACAAGUCCAUUGGACCCUGCCCCUUCAAUAGGCUGCAAUGAUUCACAAGCUGUAACCUUCCACCGCACAAUCUUGGCGCCCAUGAAGUCGACACGCGUGCCCUCACUAUCUGCCCACGCGCUUUUCCUCGACCUAGCAGCCCACAACCGUAUGGCCCUGCAUUUUCUCCUUGCAUUUUCCUACAGCGAGCUCGCUAUUCAUCAUGGCUUCGGUCAUGAUCCUCCAGUAGAGUCGUAUCGGCAUUUCCAACAAGGGUCGUGUCUGUUUGCCCAAGCGAUCGGCCCCAGCAACCACGUCGCCAUGAUGAUUUCGUUACUCUACCUUUACAUGUUCUGGAUGCGGCGAGAUCCUCUAGAUGUUGCAAAGUUGAGAGAACUCAGCAAUUUUAUUCUCAUCUAUGUCAAGACUUUCCGGCUCGACGACAUCUGCGCGGAUGCAUCUAACUCUACGCAGUCGGAGCCGGUGCUGAUUUCCCGCAUAAUGACCUACAUCUACGACCGAGACGUCUUUUGCGGCUUUUUUGGAAGCAACAUGGCUUUUGCGGGCUUUGUGAGCGAGAAUCAUGAGAAGAGAGGACGGAUCUGGCAGCUGUCGCGCUCACCAUUGUCGUCGUUGAAUGACCACGAAAGCUCCGACUUUUCUAAAAACCAGCACAGUAUGAUCUUGGAUGCUUAUUUCACCUUGAUUACAAUCCAGCAUGAGAUAAACUGCUACAGCCAAGGGAGCGAAACGCAGACUCUGGGGAUGAAGUUGCGAAUCCAGCAGAGGCUGGAUCAGGUGCGACAGGAACACUCUCCGCUCUUUGCACUGGCGGCAGCAAACUGCGCGCAAGGAGCAUCCCCUCUUAUGGGACUGGUAACGUUGACCUUCUUUCAUGCCUUGGAGAUCUACCUCUACCGCAGCCGAGACUCGGCAUUGGGUCAAGUCCCAACUCCGGCAAGAGUACAGGCUGCUUUGAGCCAGCUGGUGACAGCCGCAUACUACUCGAUGGCCGCUGGGCCAGUCCAGUUGUUGGAACGGUUCCAGUGGGCGCUGCUCAUAGCUGGUAUCGAGACGCAAGACCCCGUGCACCGAGACUGGCUCUCGGCGAGCAUUUCAGAUCCCGCAAUCAGGGGGGUUUAUCAUGCUGUCCAGGCGGCUAAGGGCCCCACGGGCAUCUCGAUGAGGGCGAUUCGGGAGGUGGUUGCUCGAGGUGAUUUUGAGUAUCAGUAA